AUGGCCUUUGAUACCUCUAGUGUACCUCUAGCAAGGAUGGAACAACCAACACACAUGACUGCUUCGUCUAGCUCAGACGAAAGGCGAACAGAUGUCCGGGCAAGCGAAAGCUGGGAAACUGCCGACGUAGACAUGAAUCUAGCUGACCGUGAGCAAGUGGAACGGACCCGAAGGGGUUUUGAUGCUGAAGAGGAUAUUCGACCGGUUAAAAGACUGAAGAGUGGCGGAGUAGAAGUCUAUGAAGAGUCUCGGGAGCGUAUAAUGGUCACAUAUCCGCGACUUGUGGAUCCUGUCGACGAUGUCGACGGCCCCGACACUCAACUCGAGGACCGCCACUUCAGUGGGCUAUGGGAUAUUGUCGGAGAAAAUGCUUUGAAGGGCGCCACGGCAACUCAGGACGAGAACUCCGAUGAUGGCAGCUCCAAUAGUGACGGUUUCAGCGAAGACGAAGAGUGCACCAACUCGAGCCAAAGCUCCAGCCAGCGGUGCCGGACACUAUCACCUCAAAGAACACCCGAGACCCCUACCAUCCUUCCCAGCAUUGAGAUCAGUCCUACAGGUACCGAAGCGGGAAACCCUGAGUCACAACAAGCGUUGUCUAACAGACAAUCAAUGUUUAGAAAACAGUAA